AUGGCGGACCCGCCGAAUAUAAACAAGAAAUCCGCAGAUGAAAGAACUGUUCGAUUUAAGACUCGAGAAAUGACAGCAGACCGUAUUGCGGCAAAAAUUGAAAAAAUCUUAAAAGAUGGUAAAGAUUUUCGCAAGCCAAGGACAAGGAAAAGAAAAGAAAGCGUCGUAAGAUUUCUUGAUAAUUGUGGAAGACCAAUUCCUGGCCCUGGGAGACGUCGCCGUCAAAAUGGGCAGAGACAACGUCUAGAAACUAGAAAGGGGCAUCCAUUAGAAACUUGCCAUGGUAAAGUACAUUAUUCAUAUGUUUAUUAACGCUCGUGUAACAUAUUGUAUUGUAUAUUGUAACUCAUAUGUGCUACGGUGAGUGGUGUCGUGGUGAAUUGUUUAACUGUAGUUCUAGUAUUAAAAUACAGAAAUAGUAAUACACUGACUCAGUCUGACUGUGACCCACUGACCUAUUAAAACUGUGAUCAUCCAUAUUAUGUAGAUAUACCUGCAAUGGAUGGGGAUAAUUUUGAAACUGAUCCUGAUGAGGCAAAGGGUUUACAAAAUAUUGAGCACACUGAUCAGUCACCAACAGGUACCAGAUCUGUUUAUUAGCAUUUUAUUUAGCAAUUUAUUAGUAUUUUAUUAGUAUUCAAUUUAGCAAAUCAAAUUAAAUAAUAUAUGAAUAUUAAUUACAGUAUUUAAGUCAGUUUGUUUACAUAUCAGCUUGGACAUGUGUUUCAGUGAUGUACAGAUGUAUGUGAUUAGGAAAGAUGUAUAAUUUUAAUAUGUAGAAUUUGUUUAAAGUUCAUCAAAUAAGGACCAACAUUAGUGCUUGGUGUUGUGAGUAGAAAUGGCACAUUGCAUUUUUAAUCCGUACACGGAUGGUGGGGGCUGGUGGUGAGGACCUUCAAAUUUUAAAAUUUUAGACCUUCCCUUUAAUUUCCAGAAGCAAGGUUUUUCAUGGGGGUCCCUUGAAAUGUCCAAGCAAUUCUUGAAAGCUGCCCCCUGGAAAUGCAUUAUUUUUACCCCCUCCCUUGGAAUUUCCGGGCCAUUUGGGAGAUGACAUCCCCUUUGCCUGGAAUUUCCAAGGUCCUCACCCCCCGUUUACGCAUUAAAAUGCAAUGUGGCAACACAGUUAGUAGACGCCAAUAAAGUAUGUGUACGAUCCCUUUUUCCAGAUGAUGAUUUAUCAAUGUUAAUUGAAGAGUGUGAAAAGUUACUCGAAGUGGAGAAAAUCAACAAGCAGCAAAAUAUAUAA